CACUCGAGAGAGGAAUUACAGGUGCCAGUGAUGUCGGCAGGCACGCGUGCAGAGGUGUUGUCUCUGUACCGGAGAGUUCUGCGGAUUGCGCGUGGUUGGCAGGCUCACUCCAUGCUGCCUCAUGACACCCAGACAGAGAAACAUUACAUCACACAGGAGGCUCGUACGCUCUUCAGACAGAACCAACAGAUUACAGAUGAACAGUCCAUCAGGAAAUGUAUUGAGGAAUGUGAAGCCAGGAUAGAUAUUGGGCUGCAUUAUAGAAACCCAUAUCCAAGACCAAUUCAUCUUCCUCCGAUGGGCCUGGCCACUCAGAAGGGCAGGAAGUUACGAACUCAGCAGAGACUCAGGAAACAGGCUAAACCCAUUUACCUUCAAUCCCACGACGAGACAUAACACAGCACUGUCAGAACUACACACACAACUACAACACAGCACUGUCAGAACUACACACACAACUAC